AUGUACCAUGUUAGUCAUAAUACGAAAAGAUAUUUUGCAGGUUAUACCGAACAGGAUGCUGAAGCUGAAGACGCUACGACAGUUAGUCAGCAUAGUCAGCACAAAGUAAACAGUAAUAAUCAGUUUAAACCUAUUGCUUCGAUACACAAUAGUGAAAUUAUCACUAAAGAUAUUAUACAACUCGGAAAUCACAUGUCUAACCGAGUUCCACCGAACGCUGGACGUCGUCCUGGUCGGCCAAGGUAUAAAAAAUAA